AUGUCUCAGGUCAAAGGAAAUGGAAUCCGCAUUGCCAUUGACCGUGGCGGCACGUUCACGGACUGCGUAGGCAAUCCGGGGACGGGCAAGAUGGAAGAUGACGUCGUUAUUAAGCUGCUAUCCGAAGACCCCUCGAAUUACAAGGAUGCACCCCUUGAGGGAAUCCGUAGGCUUCUUUCGAGGUUCCAGGGCGAAGAGAUUCCUCGAGGCGUUCCAUUGGACACAUCCAAGAUCGAGAGUAUACGAAUGGGCACGACUGUUGCUACCAAUGCCCUCCUCGAGCGAAAGGGCGAGCGUAUGGCCCUGGUCGUCACCCAGGGAUUCCGGGAUUGUCUGAAGAUUGGAAACCAGUCUCGCCCCAAGAUCUUUGACCUUGCUAUUCGUCGACCGGACGACCUGUUCGAGGAGGUGGUGGAAAUAGAAGAGAGAGUUACCCUGGAAGACUACGCUGAGGACCCCACGAGGCACGCGACCCCCACGGUAGCUCGUAGCGAAGAGGCCCAGGGUGCGGACAUUGUUCGAGGCUUGUCUUCAGAGGCUGUACGGAUUCUACAACGUCCAUCUGAUGAAAAAAUCAAGCAACAGCUGCAGGCCUUAUAUGACAAGGGCUUUAGAAGCAUCGCCGUCUGUUUGAUGCACGGCUAUACAUUCCCAGACCAUGAAGCUUUGGUGGGGAAAAUCGCCACUGAUAUCGGUUUCACACAUGUCAGCUUAAGUCACCAGCUUAUGCCCAUGAUCAAGCUAGUUCCUCGAGGUACCUCUGCUUGUGCUGAUGCUUAUCUAACUCCAACCAUCAAACGAUACAUUUCCGGCUUCCAGUCUGGGUUCAAGGGCGUCCUCGGUGCAGAGGGUGUUAAGGACCCGUCGCAGCCAAAGAGUGCCCGAUGCGAGUUCAUGCAGUCCGACGGUGGCCUUGUCGAUGUCAAUGGCUUCACUGGUCUUCGAGCCAUCCUUUCUGGCCCUGCUGGUGGUGUUGUUGGAUAUGCCCUGACUAGUUAUGACCCGAAGACCGCGAUUCCCGUCAUUGGCUUUGACAUGGGAGGAACAAGUACCGAUGUCAGUCGAUACGGAGGCCGAUACGAGCACGUCUUCGAAACCACCACAGCAGGUGUCACUAUCCAGUCACCACAGCUUGACAUUAACACCGUCGCUGCCGGAGGUGGUUCGCGUCUCUUCUACCGCAACGGCCUCUUCGUUGUUGGCCCAGAGUCAGCCGGUGCUCAUCCAGGUCCUGCUUGUUACAGAAAGGGAGGUCCCCUAACUGUUACCGAUGCCAACCUCUUCUUGGGCAGGUUGCUGCCUGAGUUCUUCCCCAAGAUCUUUGGAAAGAAUGAGGACGAAGGGCUGGAUGAGAAGGCCAGUGCUGCCCUCUUCGAGGAGCUAGCUGUAAAGGUCAACGCCGAGAUGGCUGAGAGUGGAAAGAAAGGGAAGAUGACUGCUGAUGAAGUUGCCUAUGGGUUCAUCAAGGUUGCCAACGAGGCAAUGACUCGACCUAUUCGCUCUCUCACAGAAGCCAAGGGCCAUGAUACCUCAAAACAUCGUCUGGCUACUUUCGGUGGUGCUGGUGGACAGCACGCCGUUGCAAUUGCCGAAAACUUGGGUAUCAAGCAGAUCUUAGUCCACCGCUAUUCCUCCGUCCUGUCUGCUUACGGAAUGGCCCUUGCCGAUGUGGUUGACGAGAGCCAGGUUCCAGAGUCCAUGUCCUGGUCUGAGAGCUCGGAUAUCAAGGCUAGCAUCGAGAAGAGAAUGCAGGAGUUGAAAAAGGGAGCCAUCUCGAGACUCCAAAACCAGGGUUUCAAGGAAGAAUCGAUCAUUUUCGAGGAAUAUCUCAACAUGAGAUACCGCGGAACAGAGUCUGCUCUUAUGAUCAUCAAGUCACAAGACGACGCAGCAUUUGGAAAAUCCUUUAUUGAGCAGCACGAAAAGGAGUUUGGCUUUACUCUUCCUGACCGUGACAUCAUCAUUGAUGACAUUCGCCUCAGAGCUAUUGGAAAGAGCUUCGAUAGCUUCCCCAAGACCGUUGACGAGCAACUUCGUGACGCAAAGCCAGUUCCAGUAUCCAAGGACAAGGCACAUGCUACUCAGAAGGUAUACUUCGAGGGCGGCCGCGUCGACACUCCUAUCUACAAGAUCGGAUCCCUGGAAACAAACGACCGUAUCGAUGGCCCAGCUAUCCUUGGAGAUGGAACUCAAACUAUCCUGGUCACUCCAACAUCCUCUGCUCUCAUCAUUGAUACUCAUGUGGUUAUCGACAUUGAUGUUCAUAAGAAGGAGAGUACAAAGGCAUCGGCUGAUGAGGUCGAUCCAAUUCUGCUGAGUAUCUUUGGCCAUCGGUUCAUGGCAAUUGCUGAGCAGAUGGGUCGUGCCCUUCAGAAGACUAGUGUCAGCACCAACGUCAAGGAGCGAUUGGAUUACUCUUGCGCUCUGUUUGACAGUGAUGGUGGCCUUGUUGCCAAUGCCCCCCAUUUACCUGUCCAUUUGGGCAGUAUGUCCACUUGUGUUCGUACUCAAGCUGGUAUAUGGAAGGGAAAGCUAAAGCCAGGUGAUGUCAUUGUGACCAACCACCCUGAGUUUGGAGGCACCCAUCUGCCAGAUAUCACUGUAAUUACUCCAGCCUUCGCUGGCAAUGAGAUCGUGUUCUAUGUUGCUUCCAGAGCACAUCACGCGGAUAUUGGAGGAAUCCUGCCGGGAUCCAUGCCGCCACACUCGAAAGAACUGUACCAGGAGGGAGCUGCCAUCAAGUCAGAGAAGCUUGUCUCUGAAGGAAAGUUCAACGAAGAGCGUCUGAUAGAGUUGCUCUACCGUGAACCUGCCAAAUACCCCGGCUGCAGUGGAACUAGAUGCCUUGCAGACAACCUCAACGACCUGAAGGCCCAGGUCGCCGCAAACCAGAAGGGUAUCAGCCUCAUCUCUACCCUCAUUGAGGAGUAUGGAGAAUCCACCGUCCAACUGUAUAUGAGGAGUAUUCAGAAGAAUGCGGAGCUCAGCGUACGCAACUUGCUGAAGCAAGUUAGCGAGAGAUUCAAGGGUGCAGACCUGACCGCAGUCGAACAUAUGGAUGACGGUAGCCCUAUCCAUCUCAAGAUUUCCAUCGAUGCGGAGAAGGGAGAGGCUAUUUUUGAUUUCGAUGGCACGGGGCCUGAAGUAUAUGCCAAUACCAAUGCCCCUGAAGCUGUCACCUACUCCGCUAUCAUUUACUGCCUGAGAUGUCUCAUUUCCGAAGACAUCCCACUUAACCAAGGUUGUCUGAAGCCCAUUGACGUUCGAAUCCCUAAGGGUUCUUUCCUAUCUCCCUCUAGCAAGGCCGCAGUUGUGGGUGGAAAUGUCAUGACGAGUCAACGUGUCACGGAUGUCAUCUUGAAGUGCUUCCAGGCCUGCGCUGCCUCCCAGGGCGAUACUAACAACCUCACCUUCGGAUUCGGAGGUAACGUUUCAGGCGAAGAAGAAACCAAGGGCUUUGGAUACUACGAGACCAUCGCAGGUGGUAGUGGAGCCGGCCCUGACUGGGAGGGAACCUCCGGAGUCCAUACCCACAUGACAAACACCCGCAUCACUGAUGCCGAAGUGUUUGAAAGAAGAUACCCCGUUAUCCUUAGAGAAUUCAGCCUGCGUGCUGGAUCCGGAGGGGCUGGCCAGAACCGCGGUGGUGAUGGUGUCAUCAGAGAUAUCGAAUUCCGCAUUCCUGUCCAGGUAUCUAUCCUUUCCGAACGCCGAGUCUACCACCCCUAUGGCAUGGGCGGAGGAGAAGAGGCUGCGUGCGGACAGAACAUCUGGGUCCGCAAGAUGCCCCAGCCAGAAGGAUCCGAGGAGCCUCCAGUUAUCAAACAUGUGAACCUGGGAGCUAAGAACACCGCCAAUAUGGAACCAGGUGAUCGUAUCAUUAUCAAGACUCCUGGUGGAGGUGGAUAUGGAAAGCCUGGAACUGAAAGCGUGGUUCGAAAGGAAGCUGAUCCCCAACUUGCUUGGAAAGGAGGUUCUUUGGCAUCGCGCAUUGGAACUCAAGAAACCAGCAUGUAA